UUAGAAGAUCUGGGCUGCGACUUCAGGAUCUUCUCGUUCCUGCUGAACAGUUGCUUCAGGAUCUUCUCGCUCUUGCCGAACAGUAACUUCAGGAUCUUCUCGCUCCUGCUGAACAGUAGCUUCAGGAUCUUCUCGCUCCUGCUGAACAGUAGCUUCAGGAUCUUCUCGCUCCUGCUGAACAGUAGCUUCAGGAUCUUCUCGCUCUUGCUGAACAGUUGCUUCUGGAUCUUCUCGUUCCUGCUGAACAGUAGCUUCUGGAUCUUCUCGCUCUUGCUGAACAGUAGCUUCUGGAUCUUCUCGUUCUUGCUGAACAGUAGCUUCUGGAUCUUCUCGCUCUUGCUGAACAGUAGCUUCUGGAUCUUCUCGUUCUUGCUGAGCAGUAGCUUCUGGAUCUUCACGUUCUUGCUGAACAGUAGCUUCUGGAUCUUCUCGCUCUUGCUGAACAGUAGCUUCUGGAUCUUCUCGUUCUUGCUGAGCAGUAGCUUCUGGAUCUUCACGUUCUUGGCCAGCAGUGGGAUUAGCCGCAGUGGCGGCUACAUCUUCUGGGAGCUGACGUCUACUCAUUCCAUGAUGGUGAUGGCCCUCGUAAUAGUCGUCCAGGUAUUUGCCGUCCCGACAACGAACAUUUUGUGGGAUAUCACAUUCGCCAGUAAUUUUGUUGAACUGGAAGCCAGGUCUACAUUCCCAAAUAAAAGGCUGACCGAGAUAGCAUCGAUAAAACUUGGUGCAGGAGCCUUUCACAGGAGCAAAUUGAGGACCCCACAGUGCGAGACGCGGACAAGUAUCGGCGGAAACGCUGCUUCCUUGAUCAUCAUCGACACGGUGAGCCAAAGAGGGAGUAGUGGGAGCUGCUGCACCAGCAUGAAAGAAGAGAGUAAUCAGGGCUGUAGCGGCCACGGUAGUAGGGCUCAAAAGAUACAUGAUGGUGUUGUCGUUUGUUGUAAUCGAAUGGAUUGAGAUAGAAGCUUGUAAAGCAAAAUCAGGAAGAGAAUGGUACCUUUGUUUCCUGUGUGCCUAAUCGAACAUCGAGUCCAUGAGCCCUUUAUAUUAUAAACGAAUGCUAGCUAGC